AUGUCCUGGCAAGGCAAGUCCACCGCCUUCGUGUCGCAACCCCUCCUUCGCGGCACCGAAUCCCUGGUUGGCACCGGCCAUGUGGACAAGGGCGCCAUCAUCAGUGUUGCCGGAGACAGCGCGUGGGCAGCGUCUGCCGACCUCCAGCUCAAGCCGGAGGAGAUGAAGGUCAUCGCCUCCAUCGUCAGCGGCGACUCUGCCGCCAAGGACAGGGCCUUUGCUGACGGCCUGUUUAUCGCCGGCAACCGAUACGUCGUGGCCCGCGCCGAGGACCGGAGUAUCUAUGCGCGAGCGGGCCGGACCGGCGUCGCCAUCGCCAAGACCAAGCAGGCCAUUGUCGUCGGCCACCAUGGAGAGACCCAGGUCGCUGGCAACGCCACCUCGACCGUCGAGAGCUUGGCCGACUACCUGAUCGGCCAGGGAUACUAA